AUGUCUAAAGAUAUACGGUUCCAUAUUGGGAACAUCUCAGCAGAAUUACAUGCCACACCUUCUAGACUAGAGGAUAGACUUUCUAAGUUUGGGACUAUCAAGGAAGGAUUAAGUUUCCAUAGUAAACCAUUGGGAGAUCAUUACUUUGCAUACAUUACGUUGACUGUGAACGAAGCACAAGUGGAAAGACUUAAGAAAGCAUUCAAUGGUGUGAUCUUCAUGGGAAGAAAGUUGAGUCUUGACAUUGCAAAGAGUUCACCUUAUUUAGGAUCUAACUUCGUAAAGGAGGAACCUCUUAAAAAGCAAAUUGAGAAGGAGGAAGGCAUUCAACGGGCCAGACAAGAAAGAAUAGAUGAGAGUAAGGCCAUACAAAGACUUAAUAGUAUUACAGGAUCCAUAAUUACCCCUCAUUAUAUUUCUUCAAAACAACAAGCUUUGGGUUAUACCGUUUCAUGUCAUACUUAUGGAGAUAUUAGUGGCAACACCCGAUCCAGUAAGCCUGGGAAGGUUCUUUAUGGGUCUAAGAGUUAUGGAGCAUGGACAGUUCCCAAACUCAAGCAAACCAAUGCUCAGCAUUAUGCCAAUCUUGCUGGAGCAGGGGAGAUCAUUAAGGGAAGGCUUCGAAAGACUCCCCGUCCUAAGAGUCAUUUACUCAAGAGACAGCAGACUCUUCGGAUAUUAAUCAAUGGAGAGUUAAAAUCCAUAAAAUCAUACAAGACCAAGCUUUGGGGUUUAGAAAAGAAUAAAACCGUUCUGGAUUUAACCUGGAGAUAUGCUAACGGCGAAUGGAGAUCUGGAGAUGAUCACAUUAUUGAAAGAAAGAGAGUGAAGGUAUUGGAGAGUAGUAGUAGUUGCGGUAUCGGUGGUUCAGAAGCUCUAACGUAUGGAACAAAAACAAGCAAUAAUGAUGAUCAUGAUAAUGAAGUUGAAGAUGAUCAUAUGGAUGAAGUAGACAGCGAUGAAGAAACCAGACGAGAAGCUGAACGAAACAAAUCUAUUUUGGCAUCAUUAUUCCUGAAAGAUACCUUUGAAAGGCCGGUUAAAGUUGAUGAUAAUGACAAUGGUAUUGAUAAGGAGGACAUUGUGUACGAUUCCAAGGGAAGAAGAAAAGUUAUCAGACAUGAUUUAGAAAUGAUGGAAAUUGUUCAGGAAGAGGGUGGUGACGAAGAAGUUGAAGAUACCUCUGCAGCUCAGCAGUUAAUUGAAGCGUAUAAGAAUGAAGCAGUUAGACCGCAAGAUGAAGUAUAUUAUGAUGAAAGUGAUGAAGGCAAUGAAUUGGAUAUCAGUGAGUUGACAAAAACCGAAGCCGUUAAUAAUGAAGAGCAAGAGUUUGAGGUUGCUAAGCAGGUAGUGGACGACGAUGAGGAAGAAAAAGACAUUGACGUACCACGAAAUAUCACCAAUAAAACAGACACCUUAAGAAGCAUCUUCAGUACUGAAAGCAAUUCUGGGUUCAAGUUGGCACUUUCAGAAGACGAUGAGGAUGUUGAUGAUGAUAAGCAACGCAUCGAUGAAGAACAAGAGAAGCUCUUAGAGGAAAUCAAAAAGAAACAGAGACAAGAAGAAGAGAAGAUGCUUUUCAAUUCAAAAUUAGCAAGAUACGGACUCUUCUGGUCUCAUUCAGAUUCACCAUUUCUUCUGACCCAAUCACAAUUGCAAAAGCUUGGUACAACCAUAAAAUUACCAGGUGAAACCGAGCUCGACCAACAACAACAACAACAAUAUUUGGGACAAGAUGAAACGGAAUAUGAGAAAUGGUUCUGGAGCCAAAGAGGUGAUUUGUCAAGAGAAUGUAAGCGACAAAAGAGAGAUGCCAUCAGAAGACGUAAGGGGAGAAGUAUAGCAUAA